AUGAAAGUUCUGGUGGUCCUGAGUUGCGUAUUGGUAGCGGCCUGGUGUGCGCCCACGGAACCCAGCUCUGUCCGAGAGUUGCCCGCACUUCGCCAUGAAGAGGUGCACGACGAGUACGGACAAUAUGCGCUUCGGUACAUCACUGCUGAGAACACGGUAGUAUCAGAGCGGGGGCGGCUGGUGCCGACCGACAACGGUGGCUGGGUGCUGGAGAUCGAGGGGCAGUACCAGUACAUCGGCGACGACGGGCAGACGUACGUCACCAAGUACAAGGGCGGCCCGGGAGGGUUCCACGUCGACGCCAACCAUCUGCCUCGGCCUGUGCUGCCUUGAACAA